CAAUGGAACAGGGCUAGCAUCCGUGAUUUGCAGAAGGGAAAAGUAGGAGGACCCAUGCUGAAAGUGCAGAUAAACCCAAUUGAAGAGCUCAUCACUCUAAAUGAAGAUAUAACUAGAGAAAAUCCUGUUUCAUUGCGUGGCUUUUUGUUGUUGUUUUGAUUACUGUGCGCCUUGACACGGAGUGCAAAGGUCGAUUAAAGACCGCCCCCAGUGCUGAAAGGAGGCGAUAGUAGUUACAAAAUAUUCAAGGUUGAUGCUGAUGUUCUAUUGAGGGGUCAGCAAAAUGAAUUUCCUCCUAGAAACCCUUCAGUUGAUUGUAAUGUCCAUUUAUUACAACGUAGAGGCAUUUGUCAGACUGUUCAUCCCAUUUAAGAAGAAAAAUGUCACCGGGGAAAUCGUCCUGAUCACGGGGGCGGGCAGCGGCAUUGGCCGGCUCAUGGCAGAAAGGUUUGCCCGCCUUGGCGUCUCUCUGGUUCUGUGGGAUGUCAACCAGGAGGGCAUGAAGGAGACUGCAAGACUAGUGAAGGAGAAAGGGGCAACUAGGGUCCACCACUACCAGUGUGACUGCAGUGACAAGGCGGAGGUCUACAGAGUGGCUGACCAGGUCAAGAGAGAAGUGGGGGAUGUGAGCAUUCUCAUAAACAACGCUGGCAUAGUCACAGGCAGGAAUUUCAUGGAUGCGCCAGACUCCCUCAUUGAGAAAACCAUUGAAGUUAACACCAUGGCACACUUUUGGACUUAUAAAGCCUUCCUCCCAGCGAUGACUGCCAACAACCAUGGUCACCUGGUCAGUGUUGCUAGCACAGCGGGUAUGAUUGGUGUCAAUGGACUAGCAGAUUACUGUGCCAGCAAGUUUGCUGCCAUUGGCUUUGCUGAGUCUGUGGCUCUGGAGCUGCUGGCUACGGGGAAGGAUGGCGUCAAGACUACCAUUGUGUGUCCACACUUCAUGAACACUGGCAUGUUCGAUGGCUGCAAUUCUAAGUGGCCUGUCUUGGUGCCUGUCCUGGAACCAGACUACGUAGCAAAGAAGAUCAUUGAGGCCAUUUUAACUGACCAGGUCUACCUUCUGCUCCCAAAGAGCAUGUAUAUUCUCAUGGGCAUGAAGAAGAUUUUACCCUUUAAGACUGGCAAUCUGCUGGGGAUGUACCUGGGAGCAUUCAACUUUAUGGAUGCCUUCAAAGGACGCGUCAAGAAAGAGUAGUGAAGAAGACGAGACCAACCACACAUACUAAGUACAUUUUGUCUCAGACUCAAAGGUGAUUAAUACUGCCUAUCAUGUUUAUCUGUUUUUUUCCCUUAAAUGUUUAAUUCUUAUUUAACUAAUUUUAGUGUAUGACGAAAAGCCUACAUGCUAGUUUACAUCGGCAGACGAGGGAUAUGUGUAGGCUAUAUCAGGUAAUAAAAUACGGCUAAAUA